UCCUCCGGUGUAGAAGAAGAGAAACUGCCACAACAUGCGAGAAUGUUGGAGAAAUAUCUUCACUUCUAUCUCGGAGUGAUUAAAAAGCGCAUGAGUGAGAGUUAUUUUCCUCAGUGAUUACAUGGUGUCUGUAAAUAUUCCUGGGAGAAUCAAACACUGAAUGCUCUCUCUCUCUCUCUCUCCAGGACAGACUCAGUGUGAAGAGUGUUAGCUUGUUGCUGUUAAAUGUGAUUGAACAGAAACGAGCCGCAGGAGUUGUUCAUGUUUACAGGCUGAUAUUCAGUGGUGUAAGAUGUCGGUGCACUUUGAGGAGAGGAGCGGAGCGGUUCCGUGUAAAACCCCCUGGGGUUCCUGGUACCAGACCAUAGAGGAGGUGUUUAUAGAGGUUAAUGUUCCUCCUGGCACUUCCGGCAAAGACAUCAAGUGCAGCCUCGGCAGCAAACAGGUCGAGCUCAGUGUGAAAGGGAAAGAAAUAUUCAAGGGGAAAUUGUUUGGAACGACAGUGGGUGAUGAAGCAACAUGGACACUAGAGGACAAAAAGUUGAUCAGGAUAGUUCUGAUGAAGACGAACCGCGAGGCAGGGAACUGCUGGACAUCGCUGUUGGAGGAGCAGUACGCUGCUGACCCGUGGCUGCAGGAUCAGAUGCAGAGGAAACUCACCCUGGAGAGGUUCCAGAGAGAGAAUCCUGGCUUUGACUUCAGUGGUGCAGAAAUCUCUGGAAACUUUCAUGGUGGCGGACCAGAUUUCAGCAGUUUACAGAAAUAGCUUCCAAAUUUAAGAGGAUAAGAACUUUACUGCCUGCAGGAGGUUUUUUGAUGACUGGGACAUUGUACUUGAGGCACAGUAUUUCCUAACUAAUUAAACUCGUGCAUAUGUACAGAUGCAAUGAAUAAAAUGUGUGUUUAAAGCAA